AUGAUCGCAAACCCGCCCCUACAACACCACCACGAACACCAACAUCCUCGCGACUCCUCGCCUUAUCGCCCAGCGAGCCGUUCGCGGCAGUCUUCUACCCCGCGCCCCCAGCGGCAAGGGUCCACCACUGACAAGGUGCCUGAUUCCGAGCCUGACGCACAGAAACGAGCAAGGCAAGGCGUCUCUGAGUCGCGACUCCCAUCGCCACCUUCGUCCUCGUCGCCUGCUGUCGUCUCCAACCCCAACCCAACCCACGAUGGGAGAGAAGUGCAUAUGGCGUCCGAUAUAAGAGAUUCUGCUACCAGCCAUGGGCACCCUUCCUCCGCAUCCUCGGCCCCGCGCCAACCUCCCUUAUCGCAGCAGCAGCAGCCUUCGCCGGCCUCCGAUGACUUCUUGAUAGCGAACCCAGCGGUCACGCCCGCGUUGGCUGCUCCGUCGAGGCAGACCGUCAUCCAUGUCCGUGACAUUGCUCACAUCAAGUCGCUGGCGCAGUCCAAUAUGCUGGGAAAUACGGGUUCUGGGUUGCUGGACGACCCCCCUCUCCAACAGAUGAAAUAUGAUAUUAGUGGUAUGCCUAUUGCCGACGUCAUCGAGAUGGUUGCGGCACUCCUCACGAAAAUCACCUCCACCAACGACCUGCAGCAUGAUGCCAUGCAACGCAACGUGUCGCAUCAGCAGCAAGCCAACCUGCCGAAUGAGGGGGGGAGCGGCUCCCAUAUUGGCUCCAUGAACCAUUCUGUGCUCGCUUUUCACGGCAAGAAUGUCCCCGCCAUCACCAUUCUUAGCUACCUUGCUCGCAUUCACAAAUACUGCCCCACUACGUUUGAGGUGUUCCUGAGCUUGCUAGUGUACUUUGAUCGCAUGACGGAGCGCGUGAACUUCUUAGUGAGUCAUGGUGACGAGGGGAAUCCCAUGAGAUCAAGGGGACAGUCAAGGGCUACCUCGACAUCCCGCACAGAUGUGUCUAUGCGGGAAAACCCAGAACCAGAUGCUGCUGAUGAGACCGACUCUGAUCUUGCGGAUGACGAGGAUGAAGAUGACGAGAUGGAGGGAUCAGCGGCGGGGUCGAACCGCCCUGAUAGUGGGCGUCCUCUUCCUGAGGAGCUGCCAAGUGCCCACGGACCAUCAACCUAUUUCGUGGUUGAUAGUUUCAAUAUCCAUAGGUUGAUUAUUGCUGGAGUGACCUGCUCCAGUAAAUUCUUCUCGGACGUUUUUUACACCAAUUCGAGAUAUGCCAAGGUCGGUGGUCUCCCACUACCUGAACUCAACCAUCUCGAGCUACAGUUCCUCGUUCUCAACGAUUUCCGGCUAGCUGUGCCAGUGGAAGACCUGGAAGCUUAUGCCACCAUGCUGGUCGAGUUUUAUGCUCGUGAGACUGCUUCUGAAAACCCAGCUGCGUGA